CUUUUAGUCACAUGUCGGAGCACACUUUGUCAGGGAUAAAUCAAUAAAUCAAAAACGACAAAAUAGAUUAUUCAAAAAUGUAAGCCAAAACUUUGCAUAAAUGCUCCUGUCGAUUGUAUUAUCUGUUCCAGAUCGUAAAUGGCAUGCCUGCGCGAAGUUCCCACUUUCGAAAAAUUAGAUUUCAUCUCGAAGAAAAAUCAAUAUGUCCUUCCGUAAUGAAAUUGAUAGUAACAGACGAUGUUCUAGUACUGGUUGUUGUGGAAACAAUUAUGCAUCAGGCGAAAGCAGUUAUGAGGCGCGCAUAUCUUCGUGUAAUUGCCAAAGUAACGUAGGAUGUCUGAAUCGCAGUGCUUGUGGUGGUUUGCGACCUACCGGAACCGCCGCGACGGGCGCAUGUCCCGGACCGUGUCAGUGCGUCGAGGAGGAAAUUUGGAAUAGUAACGUGCCACCUAAAUCGAAUCACCGAUGGUUGAAUAAUUUCGCUGAGCUUCGCCGUCAAUGGAGUGACUACGGUCGUCAGCAGGCAUACAAGUGCCGCUGCAGUCGACCAUGCAGAAAUGUCGCUUCGUGCCGACCGUGUCUUUCACCAACAGCCCCGUGUUCCGGUACUAUUUUACUUACGUCGGACUGUCAGGUACACACCAAGAAAUGCUGUGGGAGCCGUCGUUUAGCGGGUGGAGCAAGCAAAUCGGAAAUGGCACCGGCAGAUAAAUCGUCAUCACCCGAACCUCUGAAACGGGAAGCAGGCGGUGGUUGCCCACCGCCAAGCUGUAGCUACCCAUCGACCCGCUAUAAUUCUCCUAACGCGGAUUGCUCAUCGACCGCUUCGUCUUGCUGCUCUUCGCAAUGCAGAUAUCCUUCGUCACGUCGGACAUCCGAUUGUCAGCCCUGUGCCCUGAAAUCCAUCUUAAAAAAGCGCAAUUGUUGUCAAUCUAACAUGAGUAAUUACUGCCUGUGCCAACCGAUACCACGCAGCUGUAAUUGCCCACUACCAAUUCAGGUGGACGCACGUGCUACUCACGAGUGUUCCUGCGACUGUCCAUUCAGCCCGGAAUGCGCCUGUCCACCCAGCGAACGAAGAUUCCCAAAAGCGACGAUUAAAUGUCCCAACGCGCGUCACUGCUGUCCAACUCCUCGAUUACCACCCGGCCCCAAGUGUCAUUGCCCGUGUCAACCGUGUCCGCCGCCACCCUGCAAUCCAUGCACAUCCUUCAAGUGUCGACGACCCGUUUCAAUCAAGGAUUCUUGCCAACAUGACUCAUCAUGUCCAUGCUGUCCACCUUGCCGGCCAAUUUCGACCACUUCGCCUUGUCGUCCUCCGACGCCUUGCAGAAAAUUGACCUUCUGCACCGAGCGUAGUGAUCGACUCUCUUCGCCCUGUACAGGUCAGUCUUGGCGUGGGAUCACUGGCGAUAAAAACUCGGAAAAUAGCAUCUGUAAUGAACAAAAUGACGAUAAGAAACGAGAGACAUAUGAUAAAAAAGAUAGUGACUAUUGCUACGCGACGAAUCGCGCUGAAUCAGAGGAUGGGUCCAAAUACGCUGAUCAAAGUCGCGAUUUAAUAUUGGACGAGGAAUCUAUACAAAAUUCAACGUCAAAAACGUUUAUUAAUUUAACGGAGACCACAAAUCCUUCAAAGUCUGUCGAUCCUGACUCGUACGAUGUGCCGGAGCAAAGAGUCGGCGAAAUGACGAGCCGGAGAGCGUUUCCGUUCACGUUUUUGACGGUGUUGGUGUUCUGUGCCACAUUCCGACGAGGUGCUCCCGCUGUCGCCGGAACCAUCGAAAAUAAGAGUGUCACUGAGAAAGCGCAACCAGAGGGUUGCAUUGAGUGCGGAUAUUACAGAUGUCCAGAGAAUCCUGGAAAAUGCUUGUUGGGCUCGGUUCCUGAUCCUUGUGAAUGUUGUCCGGAGACUGGUUUGUGUGCCCGUCUCCUUGGUGAACCAUGUUGGAAUGCGAGCAUUCCACUUUUAUCUCCAAAAAGCCGUAAUGAUGGAUACUGCGCAAGAAAUUAUCUAUGCGAGUUGCGCUCCGAUCUACAAGAAAAGGAUGCUCCGGAAGCAGCUUGCGUCUGUAUGGAACAAAGCCCAGCCUGCGGUAGCAAUAACGAGACUUACUCGACGCCAUGCGCGUUGCACGAAGAGGCGAUGAAACUCAGGAACUCAUCUUCCUUGAGAUUGCAGCAUCUCGGUCCUUGUGAAAGUAGACCUUGGAUUCUGUCAACUUUGGAAGAUGUUGUCUCACCCUUUGGUCAACGCGUCGCACUUAAUUGUGAGGCAAAGGGCUUCCCAGUGCCGGAUAUUUUUUGGGAAUUUCAUUCAGCUGAUGGGAGAAGAGUAUUGAAAUUGCCGGGAGAGGAGCAUCAAGCGACCAUAAACACAAGCGAUGGUCCAGAACCACUCAUGCGAACAUCUUGGAUGCAAUUGGCUCGGCUAGAUGAAGAACAUAUGGGGAUGUAUUAUUGUAUUGCUAACAAUUCUAUAGGCGAAGCAAGCACGUCUUCAGUCGUGUCCAUGUUGUGAAUGUGCUUUUAUCUUGUGAGACAAUCUGUCGUGUAACUGUUGUGUUCACAAAUAUAAUGCAAAAAGGGAAAUAAGUUAA